AUGUCUGUAAAUAUACGUUGUGCAACUACAGAAGACUUGUUAAAUAUACAGCAUUGUAAUUUGCAAUGCUUACCUGAAAAUUAUCAGAUGAAGUACUAUCUGUACCAUGCUCUUUCUUGGCCGCAGCUAAGUUAUGUAGCUGAAGAUGAGAAAGGAAGAAUAGUAGGAUAUGUGCUCGCCAAGAUGGAGGAAGAUUGCGAAGACAAUCCCCAUGGACAUAUUACCAGUUUGGCAGUGAAACGUUCUCAUAGAAGAUUAGGAAUUGCACAGAAAUUGAUGAAUCAGGCAUCUAGGGCGAUGGUGGAAUGUUUUGGAGCAAAGUACGUUUCAUUGCAUGUCCGCAGAAGUAAUCGUGCAGCUCUUAACUUGUACACAAGCAGUUUGCAAUUUGAAGUAUCUGAGGUAGAGCCAAAAUAUUAUGCAGAUGGUGAAGAUGCUUAUGCAAUGAAGCGAGAUCUCACUAGCUUUCAUCAUGAAAAGGCUCUUAGAGACAGAGCACACAAGGAGGGCAAUGUUCAUACACACCUUGGCAGAUGUUGUGGUGAUCACUCGUAGGUCUGUCCAUCAUCACUGUUGCUGUCAAAACCAGAAACUACUUGUUGAGAUUUGCACAAUAGAGGGAGAUUGGACUUUGGGGCUGUUUUAUCUGUCAAUUGACAGUUUAUUGCAUAGAUAUAUAUUGUAUGCGAGUUUCGUUCACACAUCAAAAUGUAAUAAAAAUUGAUAAAUUGUAACAUAAAGAAUAAAGGAAUUUCUGAAAUAA